UAAACAGGUGCGAGCGAUUUGUAACGGGUGGACGUGAAAAAUAUUGGAAAAUAACUGAAUUGCGGAUAUAUUUUCGAUCGAUAUUCACCUGUCUUCUUCAGGACACAGAAUUUCGAUACUUACAAGUGAAGUUACAAUUUCGGAAGAAGGAUAAAAUGUGAAAAUUAUUUUUUUUUUAAAUUUCAUCGCAACUUUAGCGCUGGUCCGCGAGUUGCUCAUACCGUAUUUAUUCAUGUGAAUUUGCUAAAUUUAUUUGAAAUGAAAAACAAUUUAUAUAAUUGUAUUCUGUUUACACUGUGUUUGGUUUUACUGGAUGUGGACUCAGUAUUUGGACAAUGUAACUGCACAAGCUCAGAUUGUACAAACAGUUGUUCGGCUGGAACCUUUUUAGACGUAAGUGGGGCAACCAGCGGAUGUACAACAUGCCCAUCCGGAUACUACUGUGAUGGAAGCAGUAAUGGACCUAAGACCCCUUGUGCAGCCGGCACCUACUUUUCAGGAACAGGUGCAACAUCAUCUGGAGAUUGCUCAGCAUGUGCUGCCAAUGAAUACAGUGAAGCAGGGGCGUCUGCUUGUACCUUGUGCCCCGCAGGAUAUAGCUGUACUUCAUCGUCAACAACAGCCUGUACCGGUGUAACAUAUUCACUAGCUGGGGAAACUUCCUGUUCUUCUUGCCCAGCAGGAAAGUUUUGCUCAUCUACAAGUACUGCACCACAGAAUUGCAAUGCUGGAGAGGAACCAAAUUCCGGUCAGACUGGUUGUGAUACAUGUUCUUCCGGGUCAUACAGCACAGAUGGCACUGACUGUGUUAUUUGUCCAGCAGGUCAUAAAUGCCCUUCAAGUGGAAUGACUAACCCAACAGAAUGUCCGGACGGGGAGGUACAGACAAACACCGGUCAGGAUACAUGUUCACAGUGCUCAGCGGGACAUGAUUGUUCUGACAAGACGACAGAGUCACAAUGUUCUGCAGGAACUUACAGUGCAGCAGGAGAAAAAUCAUGUACAGCCUGUGCUACAGGGUUUUAUAGUGAGGAAGGGAUGGAAAGUUGUACACAAUGUCCGGCAGGACAAGACUGUACCAAUUCUUCAUCUCUAAUCAACUGUACAGCAGGGACAUACAGUCCGCUUGGUACCUCAACAUGUUUAUCCUGUACAAACGGUUCUUACAGUGCAGAUAUGGCAUCAGAAUGUACUCAGUGUGACGCUGGGAAGGAAUGUUCCAACCCUGCUGCAACGCCAACAAAUUGCCCUGCAGGGACAGAGAGUUCACUUGGAAUAGCGGUUUGCACAGCUUGUCAGAGUGGUUUUUAUAGUACAGAAGGUUCAGGAUCAUGCACUCAGUGUCCAGACGGUAAAGACUGUAGUUCUUCAGCUGUUACGAGUGGGACAUUACCUCCAGAUUGCCCCGAAAACACUUACAGCCUUGCUGGACAUGCAAGCUGUACGAGCUGUGCUAUUGGUGAAUACAGUUCUGCUGGUGCAUCCUCUUGUACACCUUGUUCAGGUGGUAAUGAUUGUUUCAAUACAUCAAAUAUAGUUCCAUGUCCAGCGGGAACAUUCAGUGCAGAAGGAGAAGUUAACUGCUCUGCUUGUUCUCAGGGUCAUUACAGUAAAGCUGGAGCUGAGUCUUGUACCAUUUGUCCAGCUGGAAGUGACUGUACAGAUCCCGCAGUGACAGGAACCAAUCCAACUGAUUGUGCAGCUGGUACUUACAGUGAAGAGGGAUGGGCAGGGUGUGUUACUUGUGCAUCAGGUUACUUUGUUAGUUCAGAAGGGGCAACUACCUGUUCCAUAUGUCCUAGUGGGAAAAAUUGCUCUGAUCCGUCUUCUCCAACAGAUUGCCCAGAAGGUACUUUUAGUGCUGAAGGUGAUACCGGAUGUACAAAUUGUCCACAAGGUUACUAUAGCAACUCCACAGGUUCAUCAAAUUGCACAAUUUGCCCAGGGGGAAAAGAUUGUUCUGAUCCAUCAGUGACUCCAGCUGACUGUACAGCAGGAACAUACAGCCCACUUGGUACUGCAAGCUGUUUAAUCUGUACAAACGGUUCUUACAGUGCAGAUAUGGCAUCAGAAUGUACUCAGUGUGAGGCUGGGAAGGAAUGUUCAGACCCAGCUGCAACGCCAACAAAUUGCUCAGCAGGGACAGAGAGUGCAUUUGGAAUAGCAGUUUGCACAGCUUGUCAGAGUGGUUUUUAUAGUACGGAAGGUUCAGGAUCAUGCACUCAGUGUCCAGACGGUAAAGACUGUAGCUCUUCAGCUGUUACGAGUGGGACAUUACCUCCAGAUUGCCCCGAAAACACUUACAGCCUUGCUGGACAUGCAAGCUGUACGAGCUGUGCUAUUGGUGAAUACAGUUCUGCUGGCGCAUCCACUUGUACACCUUGUUCAGGUGGUAAUGAUUGUUUCAAUACAUCAAAUAUAGUUCCAUGUCCAGCGGGAACAUUCAGUGCAGAAGGAGAAGUUAACUGCUCUGCUUGUUCUCAGGGUCAUUACAGUAAAGCUGGAGCUGAGUCUUGUACCAUUUGUCCAGCUGGAAGUGACUGUACAGAUCCCGCAGUGACAGGAACCAAUCCAACUGAUUGUGCAGCUGGUACUUACAGUGAAGAGGGAUGGGCAGGGUGUGUUACUUGUGCAUCAGGUUACUUUGUUAGUUCAGAAGGGGCAUCUUCCUGUUCCAUAUGCCCUAGUGGGAAAAAUUGUUCUGAUCCGUCUGCUACUCCAGCAGAUUGCCCAGAAGGUACUUUCAGUGCUGAAGGUGAUUCUGGAUGUACAAAUUGUCCACAAGGUUACUAUAGCAACUCCACAGGUUCAUCAAAUUGUACAAUUUGCCCAGAGGGAAAAGAUUGUUCAAAUGCAGCAGGAACACCGACAGAUUGUGAGGCUGGCAAGUACAGUGAUGUGGGAGAUAAUGGCUGCACAAAUUGUCUAUCUGGAUACUAUAGUCUAGCUGGCAGCAGUAGCUGUACAAGAUGUCCAGGUGGGAAGAAUUGUUCACUUUCGAAUGUAACGCCACCUGAUUGUGCAGCCGGAACAUAUAGUGGAGAAGGAGAUUCUGGCUGUACAAACUGUCCAUGUGGAGAGUACAGUCUAGGAGGAAACUCGAGCUGUAGCCCUUGUCCAGCUGGUUAUGACUGUACUGAUGCAUCAUCUCCACAGAUUUGUAAUGCAGGAAAAUUUAGCUUGGAAGGCUCAGAGGCAUGCUGUGUCUGUCUGCAGGGUUACUAUAGUACCCAGGGCUCAGAAAACUGUACAAUAUGUCCUGCCGGUAAAAAUUGUACUAAUCCAGCAGUUACGACAACUCCAGAUGAUUGUGCAGCAGGAACUUACAGCGAGGAAGGUUGGUAUGGAUGUAGGACUUGUCCAGAUGGUACGUAUAGCCAUACAACAGGAGCAAGUAUUUGUGCAAUAUGCCUAGCUGGAAAAAAUUGUUCAGAUCCCUCUGUCGAUCCACCAAAUUGUCCUGCAGGCUACUUCAGUGCAGAAGGAGAUAAUGGCUGCACAAUUUGUCCGAAUGGUUACUUUAGUGAUUCACCAGGAUCAUCCAGUUGUUCAGAGUGCCAAGCAGGUAAAAAUUGCUCUGAUAAGACAGCAACACCAACAGACUGUCCAGCAGGGACAUACAGCGAAGUUGGGGAUUUUGGCUGUACUGAUUGCCCCUUAGGAUCUUACAGUUCGGCUAACUCAGGGAGCUGCACAUUGUGCGAGUCUGGUAGAGAUUGUACGAAUCAGAAAAAUCCAGUUAAUUGCUCAAUAAAUACAUACAGUGAGUCAGGUUGGACUGGUUGUGCUAACUGUUUACCUGGAACUUACAGUGAUGAAGGUUCAGGAAGUUGUACUAUAUGUCCUGCUGGUAAAGAUUGCUCAAAUUUAACAAGUGGAGUUGAAGAUUGUGCUGCUGGGACAUACAGUUUAUUGGGACAUUUUGGAUGUACAGUUUGCCCAGAAGGACAGUAUAGUGCCUCUGGUGCAGAAACUUGUUCUGACUGCCCAGGUGGAAAGUAUUGUACAGAUCCUAGUACUCAAGGAGAAUGUGCGGCAGGGACCUUCAGUCCAGUAGGUGUUUCAAAUUGCUCUCUAUGUGCUCUAGGAUACUUCAGCACAGCUGGAUCAGAGAUUUGUACCAUCUGUCCAGAGGGCAGAAAUUGCACUGAUCCAGCCGUAAUCACAGUUCCACCAGACUGUCCUAUUGGUACCUACAGCAAAGAAGGGGAUCACACCUGUGCUAACUGUCCAACUGGGACAACAAGUGUGGCUGGCUCCUCAAGUUGCGCUGACUGUGAUGCUGGUCUUGACUGCACCACAGCUACCAAUCCUGUUAACUGCACGGCGGGAACAUUUAGUCCCAGUGGUAUCAUUGGCUGCUCUGUGUGUGCUCUAGGAUACUUCAGCACAGAAGGAUCAGGAAAUUGUACCAUUUGCCCAGCGGGCAAAAAUUGCACUGAUCCAGCCGUAAUCACAGUUCCGCCAGACUGUCCUGUUGGUACCUACAGCAAUGUAGGGGAUCACACCUGUGCUAACUGUCCAACUGGGACAACAAGUGUGGCUGGCUCCUCAAGUUGUGAUGUCUGUGAUGCUGGUCUUGACUGCACCACAGCUACCAAUCCUGUAAACUGCACGGCGGGAACAUUUAGUCCCAGUGGUAUCAUUGGCUGCUCUGUGUGUGCUCUAGGAUACUUCAGCACAGAAGGAUCAGGAAAUUGUACCAUUUGCCCAGCGGGCAAAAAUUGCACUGAUCCAGCCGUAAUCACAGUUCCGCCAGACUGUCCUGUUGGUACCUACAGCAAUGUAGGGGAUCACACCUGUGCUAACUGUCCAACUGGGACAACAAGUGUGGCUGGCUCCUCAAGUUGUGAUGUCUGUGCUGCUGGUCUUGACUGCACAACUUCUACCAAUCCUGUUAACUGCUCGAAGGGAACGUUCAGUCCAGAUGGUGUCAUUGGCUGCUCUGUGUGUCCUGUUGGGCAAUAUAGCGAAGAAGGUGCCGAGUCCUGUGACCCUUGCCCGGCAGGAAGAAACUGCUCAGACCCAAGUGCAGUCACUGAUUGCCCAAAUGGGUUUUACAGCUUGAGCGGUCAGGCUGACUGCACCAGUUGCAGUCCAGGAUAUUAUUCCACUGCUGGUCAGACAACUUGUACCGAAUGUUCAGCAGGGAAUUCCUGUACAACGACUGCACAGACUCAGUGUGGGACAGGAUCGUACAGUUCAGCUGGUGCAACUUCCUGUGUGACAUGCCCGGCUGGUCACGCAUGUACUUCUGCAACAACAGAAACUCCUACGGUAUGUACGGCAGGGAAUUACGCAGCAGCUGGAGCAUCAUCAUGUACACCAUGUUCUAAAGGUUUCAAGUGUCCUAGCAAUGGUAUGGAUUCCCAGGUUGCAUGUACAACCGGACAGUACCAGCCAUCUACUGGUCAGUCAGAUUGUAUAGACUGUCCAGCAGGUCAAGAGUGCACAAGUGUCAGUGCAGCAGCAUCCAAUUGUGCGGCUGGUACGUACAGUCCUGUCGCUGUCGACACAUGUAUUGCAUGCCCUGCUGGCGAGUACACAGACAGUCCCGGACAGUCAAGCUGUACACAGUGCCCUGCAGGUUCUGAGUGUACUGCAAACAGUGCAUCUUUAUGUCCUGCUGGAGAAUACAGUUCUGCUGGUCAGACUCAGUGCACACAGUGUGGAGCAGGCACAUACAAGACAAGUACAGGAGCUGGCUCUUGUACAACAUGUGAUGCAGGUCAUGAGUGCCCAACAACAACAGCAAAGUCUGCUUGUUCAAGUGGAUAUUAUUCAACCGGAGGUCUUGAGUCAUGUCUGCCAUGCCCUGCUGGUUACGAAUGUUCAAAUGCUGCUGUUAAUCCAGUACAGUGUUUAGCUGGUACCUAUGCUGCUAAUACAAGUACAACCUGUGCUUCCUGUGAUGCUGGGUACAAGUGUCCUUCUGACGGCCUUGGAGCUCAGGUUCCUUGUCCUACUGGGUGGUAUCAAACAUCGACUGGUCAGACGUCAUGUACACAGUGUCCACAAGGAAACAAAUGUCCAGACAGUACAGCAUCACCUACUCCAUGUCCAUUAGGUACAUACCAGGAUGACUAUGGGAUGGAUUCAUGUAUCGAUUGUGCCUCUGGUUACUAUGCUGACUCAACCGGAUCGACUACCUGCACAGUUUGUCCAGCGGGUUCAGAGUGUUCUGACUCGACACUUUCACCAGUGCCUUGCUCCACAGGAGAUUAUUCCGCCCAAGGCAGCACAGCAUGUACAUCAUGUCCAGCUGGUCAUACAUGUGCUGGAAGUACAGCCACACCAUGUGCUGCUGGUACAUAUGUGGACAAUAACAUAUGCGUAAAUUGUCCAGCAGGGUAUUCAUGUGCAGACCCGACAGUUGGUAUGGUAAUAUGUGCAGACGGACAGUACCAGACAUCAACUGGUCAGACAUCAUGCGACGAUUGCCCGGCGGGUCAAGAAUGCCCGAGUAAGAACGAAACAGCCGUAGAUUGUAAUGCAGGAUAUUUCAGUCCUCUUGGAGUUAGCACAUGUUCGCAAUGUCCAGAUGGUUAUUACAGUGCAGCUGUGGCCUCGACAUGCUCCCAGUGUCCUGCUGGGCAGGAAUGUUUUGACGGAAGCAACUACAUCAGUCCGACCAAUUGUGCUGCCGGAUACUACAGUUUGCUUGGCGAUUCCUCAUGUACAGCAUGUGCAGCAGGCACAACAAGUUCAGCAGGAGACAGUUCUUGUUCUCAGUGUCAGGCCGGGUACCAGUGCACAGAUCCUACAACCCCAGUUGCUUGCAAUGCUGGAUUCUACAGUUUAGAGGGAGAUACUAUAGCAUGUACAGAAUGUCCUGCUGGUUAUUCUUGUGCAACGACGUCUGCUGCGCCAGCCAUCUGUACAUCGGGAACAUAUUCCACCGUGCAGUCAACAUCAUGCACUAACUGUCCAACCGGUCAGUCAUGCAUUGACCCUUCAGCAGCCCCAGUAAACUGUGAUACUGGAUAUUACAGUCCAUUGGGCACUGCGACAUGUUCGGCCUGUCCAGCUGGGUAUGAAUGUACAACCGAUCCGGACAAUCCAACAGCCUGUUCAAAUGGCGAGUAUAGUCUGUCGGGAGAAAGUGACUGUACGAUUUGUCCCAAAGGUAGUAUGUGCCCGUACACAACAUCGAGCCCAAUAGCUUGCUCUUCGGGUCAGACUACAGGUGGGAACACUGGACAAACUACAUGUACAGAUUGUACUGCAGGAAAUGCAUGUCCUGACCCAAGUCUUGCAGAACAAGCCUGUUCAUCUGGGGAAUAUGCACUUGCCAAAGCAACAACGUGCACAACCUGUCCUGCAGGUUACGAAUGUCCUACAACAACUGCGUCACCUGUACUGUGUGUUGCAGGGGAAUAUUCAACUGGCGGGCAGACGGCAUGCUCGACAUGUACUGCUGGUGCUUCCUGUACUUCCACUGGGGCAGUGUCAACAUGCAGAUCAGGCUACUACGCAGCCGCAGGAACAGGAACAUGUACUAGAUGCCCGGCAGGACAGUACUGUGCAAAUCCCGCCAACAGCCCCGUUGAUUGUGAUCCAGGACAGUAUUCAUACAUGGGUUCCACAGCGUGUACAGAUUGUGAAGCAGGGUGGGAAUGUCCAAAUAAAGAUGGUACAGACAGAACGCCCUGUUUAGCUGGUUAUUAUGCAGUAGGCAAGGCAACAGCUUGUACCCAGUGUUCUGCCGGAACGGCAUGCCCGGAUGUUAAUCAUGCAACUAUUAUUACAUGUAUUGCUGGGGAAUACGCUGUUGCAGGUAGUACUGCUUGUACAGAGUGUCCACCGGGGUAUGAAUGUCUGUCAACAACCGCAAGUACAGAAACUGAAUGUGCCGAGGGUUUUUACAGUGAGGGUGGACGUGAUGCAUGUGUUGAAUGUCCAGCUGGGUACGAAUGUCCGACUAUCUAUGACGACACUGUAAUUCAAUGCGAACGGGGAUUUUAUUCUGAGGCAGGAGCCAAAUACUGUACCGAGUGUGAAGCUGGAAAAGAAUGCCUCAAUAAUAAUGUUCAAGGCUCAAAUUGUGCCACUGGCUACUACAGCUUAGGAGGACUAAUAGCUUGCAAGCAAUGUCCAGCAGGUUACUCUUGUGCUACUGCCGAUGUAGAUCCUGUUAUAUGCCCAGAGGGUCAUUGGAGUGCAGCUGGUGCAACAACAUGUUCAGUAUGUGUUGCUGGGUAUGCCUGUCCAGAGGGCAGUACCCAACAGGAUCCACCAAGUGCUAAAUGUUCCAUGGGAUACUAUUGCAUUGAUGGGUUGACUGAGACUCCGUGUCCAGCUGGUAAAUAUGGUGAUGAUUUGGGAUAUGAUGCUGAAGCAGAUUGUAAGGACUGUAUACAAGGAUUUUAUUGUAAAGAAGGAACAGCAGGCCAGCCAACCAAUGAUCUCCUUUGUCACAAGGGAUAUUUUUGUCCAAUUGGAACCGAUACUUACAAGUCAAAUCCAUGUACUGCAGGUACGUACAAUAACGCACUUGGUGCAACAAGUAACACAGCUUGUUUACAAUGUCCAGAAGGAAGACACUGUCCAGAAGGAACAGACAAUCCAGAUUUCGAUGCCUAUAAAUGUCCGAAAGGUUCUUACUGUCCAGUUGGGUCUGGAGCACCAACUGCUUGUCCAACAGGAAAAUACACCGAGGCUGAAAAUUCUGUGGCAGAAAGUGACUGCAAGAGCUGUCCUACAGGCUUCUAUUGUCCGUCUGGUACAGCUUCACCACUGGCUUGUCCGGCAGGCACGUACAAUCCUGAUAUCGAGAAGGGCAAUCUGACGGACUGUCAAGAUUGUUUAGCUGGCGUCGCUUGCACCAAAACAGGACUUUCUGAGCCAGAUUCACCCUGUUCCCCAGGCUACUACUGUCCGGGUGCAAAUUAUGCCUACAACCAGGCGGAAUAUGCUUGUCCAGCUGGAACAUAUACAGACUUCACAAAUCUUACACAUGUGGAGCAAUGUCAAGACUGUCCACAAAAAUUUGCUUGUACCGGAGGUACAGGAGGCCAGCAGAAGGCACCGGAAGCUUGCGGUCAAGGAUAUUACUGUCCAACAGGAACAGGUUCACCGACACAGCACCCUUGUCCGGCUGGAACAUAUGCUAACUUGACAAACCUCUACCAGGUGGAACAAUGUACAACAUGUCCGAGAGGGUACUACUGUUUAGAGGGGUCUUCUUCACCGACAGGGCUGUGUGCUGCUGGUCAUUACUGUCCGGAUGGUACUAGAUACGACACAGAGUUCCCGUGUCAUGCAGGAUCGUACAGCGAUGUUACAGGAAAUACAGCUUGGGAACAGUGCAAAGAUUGUACUACAGGACACUACUGUCCACAGGGCUCUGUAACCCCUACUGAUUGUCCAGCAGGUACAUUCCGAGCAACGACAAAGGGAGAGAACUUGACAAGCUGUGAUGACUGCACGGCUGGUUAUUAUUGCCCAACCGCUGCAAUGACAGAUCCGUUAGUGUGCGAGAAGGGUAACUAUUCUGACACAGGGGCAACAGCAUGUACCACUUGUGAUCCCGGUAGAUAUUGUAACUCAAAUGCAACUUCCGAGACUUACAUGAACUCUGAUCUCAUCUGCCCUGCUGGAACGGAAUGUCCCGGUGGAAUGUCAUACCAGCCAGAUUUAGUCUCAGAUCCCUGUCGUCAAGGUUACUACUGCCCAAGAGGUGAUGUCAAUCCAUUCCCUGUACCCUGUCCCAUUGGGACAUUUAAUGGCAAAUAUGGAUUACAGCAGGUGUCAGAAUGCGAGUCAUGUACUGCAGGAUAUUAUUGCGAUGUGGAAGGCUUAACAGCAGUAGCCGGUGAAUGUCCAGGUGGUUAUUAUUGUCCAAGAGGAACUGGAGACAAGUACACUUUCCCGUGCUCAAUUGGAUUUUACCGUAAUGGAUCGGCAAAAGAAUCUUUCUCCGAUUGUGCUGAAUGUAUUGCUGGAUUUUACUGUGAUGAAGAAGGUCUUGCCAUACCUAAGGAUUGUCCCAGAGGCUAUUUCUGUGUAACUGGUAGUACAUCCUAUGUACCAUGUCCACUCGGUCACUAUGGCAACACAACAAAUCUCCGACGUGACACAGAUUGUACACCUUGCCCCGGAGGAUACUACUGUGAUGGUAUCGGGUUGACAACUCCGACAGAUGUUUGCGAUGCCGGAUUUUAUUGUAUUGAGAAAGCUUACACAUCUGCUCCACCGGAUGGUUUAACUGGAGGUUUGUGCCCGGCUGGUGGCUACUGUCCAGCUGGUUCCGCUACUCCCACGCCUUGUGAAGUUGGUUAUUAUAGCAAUUACGCUGGUGCAAAAACCAAGUAUGACUGCAUACCUUGUGACCCUGGUUACUUCUGUGCCGGUUCAAGCAGUGUGAAUGCAACACAGGAAUGCUCAGCUGGUUACUAUUGUACAGGGGGAGCAGGUGUCCCAACUCAGCAUGACACUCAGCCUGGAUAUUACACAGAAGCAGGAGCUUACAAACAAGAACCAUGUCCUCCUGGUUAUUAUCAACCUGCUGGACUCUCGGAAAGCUGCCUGGACUGUCCACAAGGAUACUACUGCAGCGGUAUUGCUAACACUAAUAGAACUAUUUGCCCUCAAGGUUACUAUUGUCCUCUGAAUAGUGAAGAACCAACCCCAUGCCCACCAGGAACGUACCAGGUUGACGAGGGAGAAUAUGAUGAAGCAUUGCAUUGUGACUCUUGUACUGUUGGCUGGGCUUGUGAAACUGAUGGUUUGGUAGCACCAAAUGUCCUAUGUGAUCCAGGACAUUACUGUUCAAAUGGUUCAAACACGCGGGCUCCGAUCAGUGAAACAUUUGGAGAUUUAUGUCCACCAGGUUAUUACUGUCCAGAAGGAACUUCAGUAUAUCAACAUUUUCCGUGUCCAAACGGAACCUAUUCUAACUAUUCAGGAAACAGCCAUGAAGACAACUGUACUUUGUGUGAUGGAGGUCUUGUCUGCAGUGGAGGUGGGCUGACGGCACCAAAUGGUGUAUGUGCAGCAGGUUGGUACUGUACGCAAGGAGCAUACACUAAUAAACCUGCUGAUGGUGGCACUACUGGUGAAGUUUGUACAAUCGGUCACUACUGUCCUGAAGGAACAGCUGCUCCUUUGGCCUGUGCGGCAGGAUCUUAUAUGAACGUAACAAAUAUGGCCGCCUGUUUUGAUUGUCCGCCUGGAUUCUUCUGUUAUGGUGAUGAAAAUGUUCACAAGUGUGAUCGCGGCCAUUACUGCCCAGGAAAUACAUCGUGGGCAGGUCAGGAUAAGUGUCCAAUAGGAACGUACAAUCCAGACAAAGGAAUGGAUGAUGUUAGUGACUGUCGACAGUGUUUGGGCGGAUACUACUGUGACACACUAGGAGCUAUAGAUUUUGACUUUACCAAAAAUAACACAGGAACUGGUAUAUGUGAUGCUGGCUACUAUUGUAAAUCAGGUGUAAGCAUCGCCACUCCAACACCGGGAACAACAACUGGUGACGGUGGUCCAUGUCCAGCUGGAUUCUAUUGCCCAAUGCAGACUGAAGAUCCUAUACCUUGUCCAAAUACAACUUAUCGUGAUAUAACACUCGGACAGGCAGAAUCUGACUGCUUCACCUGCACAUUAGGAAACUAUUGUGGCUCGACCAAUCUGACAGCUCCCUCAGGACCCUGUGACCCCGGAUUUUAUUGUCUCAAUGGCAACGCUGCUCCAAAUCCAACAGGAGCCGAUUCAUCAGUAGGUGGUCCAUGCCCCAUCAGCCAUUACUGUCCAUCUGGAACUUCGUCACCAUGGCCAUGUGAGGCAGGAACAUACAACAACCUCACACAGCAGGCAUCAUGUUUCACGUGCCCAGCCGGAUAUUAUUGCCCAGACAAUACAACAACAUAUGAGGAUUUCCCGUGCCCUGAUGGUCAUUAUUGUCCGGAUGGUACGAACAGCAGCACACAAUAUCCAUGUCCACUUGGAACCUAUAGAGCAGACACAAUGGGAACACAAGUUUCAGACUGUCUUCCAUGUCCUUGUGGAAAAUACUGCGAUAAUAUUGGACUCAAUACACCCUCCGGCGACUGUUCUGCAGGUCAUUUCUGUAUUGAGGGAGCUAAGAGUGCCACACCCACCGAUGGGGUUACUGGGGAUACCUGCUCGGCUGGAAAUCUGUGUCCCACAGGUUCUUGUAAUGAGACUGCCUGUACAGAGGGAUAUUAUUGUGCUUCCACAGGUUUAUCAGUAGUAACCGGACCCUGCGACCCUGGAUACUUCUGCUAUGCUGGUUCUAAUCGUGCUGACCCAUCAGAUGGAAUUAUGGGUAAUGUCUGCCCUGAAGGAAGGUACUGCGGGUCCGGUUCAACAAGCAAUCCAGCAAAGUGUCCCGCAGGAACGUUCUCAAACAAAACUGGAAAUCAGGUGUCUGGUGACUGUGAUGAUUGUACUCAGGGUAGCUACUGUCAAGAUGAAGGUUUAACAACACCAAAUGGACCUUGUGCUCCAGGCUAUUACUGCCCAACUGGUUCAAGUUCUAGCACUGAAACGCUGUGUCCAGCAGGUCAUUACUGCGCUGGUGGCAACCAUGUCGGGGUCUAUUGUGAAUCUGGAUAUUAUCAAGAUGAAACAGGGCAGUCUUCAUGUAAAACAUGCCCAUCUGGUUACUACUGCAAUAUUGCUGACGCCCCAAUCACAGACUACACGCCUUAUGUGUGCCCGCUUGGUUAUUAUUGUCCCAAUGGAACAGAGUUCUCAACUCAGUAUGGCUGUCCAAAAGGAACAUAUGGAACGAGCACCCAACUUGAGUCUGCAAGUCAAUGUACAGAUUGCGAUCCCGGAGUAUACUGCGGUAGUGUUGGAAUGACUGUAACAACAGGGAACUGCACAGCUGGCUAUUGGUGUGUAAGUGGAGCAUCUGUACCGGAACCUAUUGAUGGAGUAACCGGAAAAGCUUGUCCGGAAGGCAGUUACUGUGACACAGGAACGACUACACCGACACCUUGUCCAAUUGGAACUAUGUCAAACAGUACUGGGCUUAGUAGUUUUGGUCAGUGUCCUGCUUGCAAGGGUGGAUAUUAUUGUGCCACAACUGGACUUAUCGAACCAACGGGACCAUGUAAUCCUGGUUACUAUUGCGAUUCUGGAGCAAGCACAGCAACACCAAAUGAUGGUGGAGCCACAGGAGAUGUCUGCACUAUAGGUCACUACUGUCCAGAAGGAACUGAUGUGCCAAUUCAAUGCCCAGUUGGUACAUUUAUGCAAACCACACAGGCAUCAGUUUGCACAAAUUGUACUGCUGGAUAUUAUUGUGUUGACGGUCUCAAUCUUAUAGACUGUCCGCAAGGUCAUUAUUGCCCAUCUGGUACAGGAAAUGUAACCAACAUGUGUCCAACCGGCACUUACGGAGCAAACACCAAUCUGGCAGCAGAAAGUGACUGUACUCAAUGUCCAGGUGGAUCGCACUGUAAUAUACCGGGUUUAACAGCCGAAGUUGGAAACUGCAGUGCCGGCUAUUUCUGCACUUCUGGGUCGGACUCCCCAACUCCAACCGGAGCUGUCGGUGUUGCGGGUGUGUGCACAGCUGGUCAUUAUUGUGGAGCCGGAACAGUUAACCCAACACCAUGUCCGGCAGGUACAUACAGCAACACAACUGGACUUACUAUGGAAUCUGAAUGUACACCAUGUGACUAUGGGAAAUAUUGUGGAACAACCGGCUUAGAAGCACCAACAGGUGACUGCGAUGCAGGAUUCUUUUGUCUUGAGGGUGCAGAUGUACCAAACAAUCCAACCACCGAUGCAACCGGAGGCCCUUGUCCGAUUGGCCACUUUUGCCCAGUUGGAACUAGCUUCCCUCUUGGCUGUGAUCCUGGAACUUACAGCUCGAGUGAAGGAGCAUCAGCUUGCACAGAGUGUCCAGAAGGUUACUUUUGUCCUGUUAAUUCAACUGAUUUCACCAGUAACCCAUGUCCAGCUGGGUAUUAUUGCCCGAAUGGCACAUUGUUUAGUACACAGUACCCAUGCGACCAAGGAUAUUACAAUCCAGAUACUGGUAAAAAGAGCAUUGAUGAUUGUCUCCCUUGCCCACCUGGAAAAUACUGUGGAACAUCAGGUUUGUCGGCCACAUCUGGGGAUUGCGAUGCUGGAUAUUAUUGCACUCUGGCAGCCUGGUUAAGUCAACCUACAGAAAUUGGAAAUUAUUCAGCACCCGACUGCUUCUGUCCAAAUAAUCAAACAGGAGGACAGUGUACAGCGGGAACGUUCUGUCCUGCAGGCGCUAGCGCUCCAACUCCAUGUACUGGAGGGUAUUAUUGUGAGAGUGAUGGACUUGGUGCUGAAACUGGCCAAUGUUACGGCGGCUAUUUCUGCACAGCCGGCGCUGCCGUACCGAAUCCCACAGAUGGUGUGACAGGUGACAUUUGUCCAAUGGGAUUUUAUUGCCCGAAUGGAACAACAACAGCACAGCCAUGCUCAGUUGGUUACUAUAGCAACGUUACAGGAAAUACCGAUAUAUCAGACUGUGAACCCUGUACUCCAGGAUAUUACUGCAAUUCUGCUGGUCUUGAUGCCCCAACCGGAACUUGCGGUGCCGGUUAUUACUGUCCAGCUGGACAGACAGCACGCAAACCAUCAGCUUACCAGUGCACACCGGGACAUUACUGUGUUGCAGGUAGUGCUGAGGAGGUAGCUUGCCCAUCUGGAGAAUACCAGGACUUGUUUGGACAGACGACAUGCAAGACUUGCCCUGCUGGUUACUAUUGUGACGGAACAGUCCAGAAUUUGACUGUCUGCUCACAUGGAGUGCAAAAUCCAGAGUCCUGUCCGACCGGCUAUUACUGUCCUAGUGGUACCAAGUUUGAAACAGAAUAUCCCUGUCCAAACGGAACAUUUAAUCCCAAUACAAACCAAGAACAAGAAUCAGACUGUACUCCAUGUACUGCAGGUUCAUACUGUGCUACCAAUGGUUUAUCUGCACCCACAGGGCUUUGCGCAGCUGGAUAUUAUUGCAUAGGCAGUGCUAUAAUUGAAAAUCCAACUGAUGGUACUACUGGUGAUAUAUGUCCAGCUGGAUCUUACUGCGUGUCUGGUUCCUCGUUCUAUACUGAAUGUCCAAAGGGAACAUAUAAUCCUUCAACUGCAGUAGGAUCAGAGGCAAACUGUACUGAUUGUGAUCCAGGAAUGUACUGUUCAAGUAUCGGACUUACCACCCCAACUGGAAACUGCAGUGCAGGAUAUUUUUGUAUAGGCAAUGCUGAAAAAUAUCGUCCAGCAGAUGGUGUCACUGGUGGCGUCUGCCCUAUAGGCUAUUAUUGUCCAGUUGGUACUGGUCCGAACGCUUUACAAUGCCCACCUGGAGAGUUUAGCAGUAUCGCCAGUCAGUCAUCCUGCUUCACUUGCACAGCUUCUAAAUACUGUAUUGAUGGAGAAAAUCAAGUAGACUGCCCUCAAGGGUUUUACUGUCCAGCAGGAACUGGUACUGUAUGGCAGGUGUGCCCACAAGGAACAUAUGGAAAUACUCCAGGAUUGUCUCAAGAAUCAGAAUGUACUCAGUGUGACGGUGGUCAAUACUGUAGCUUUACAAACUUGACAGCUCCUGUCGGACCAUGUGAUGCCGGAUUCUACUGUCGAACAGGCUCAGAUUCAAACCAACCAUCAAACUCGUCUGCUGGUGAUGCUGGACCAUGUCCAGUAGGCCACUACUGUGAGAGUGGCACACAAGAACCAACACCAUGCCCUCUUGGCACUUUUGGUAAUGAGACAAUGUUAGAAUCUGCUGCAAAUUGUACUUCCUGUACACCAGGCUACUACUGUGACGCUACAGGUCUUACUGAGCCUGUCGGACUCUGUAACGAAGGAUUCUACUGCAGCGGAGGAUCAGACUCCGCCAGUCCACCAGUCACGACUGCCACAGGAGGUCCUUGUCCUAUUGGUAAAUAUUGUCUAAACGGCACAAGUGUCCCAAUAGAUUGUCCAGCGGGGACGUUCAAUGAUGCAGACCAGCAGUCAUCUUGCAAAGAUUGUCCGGCAGGAUAUUAUUGUGAAGCAGGUGCCAGCAUUAACACAGAAUGUCCGCGAGGCUAUUACUGUCCCGCAAACACUGAAUUUGCACACCAGUAUGCAUGUAACAAUGGUACAUAUAAUGGAAACACCAGAGCUACAAGUGAUGCUGGUUGUACAAUAUGUCCAGCAGGUCAAUAUUGUCCUUCGCAUGGAUUAUCUGCUCCAGCUGGGGAUUGCGCUGGCGGCUGGUACUGCUAUGCAGGAUCGUGGACCGACAAACCAAGCAUUCUGGGUAAUGAUACAGGAUCUGACUGUUACUGUCCAGCUCAAACUAUUGGCGGGAAAUGUUUAGCAGGAAAUUUCUGUCCAAAUGGAUCAUCUACUCCAACACCGUGCACCGGAGGUUAUUACUGUGAGACUGAUGAACUGUUAGCUGUAACUGGACCAUGUUUGGCUGGAUACUAUUGCAGUGGAAGCUCAACAAUGCCAAAUCCUGUAAAUGAAACAUUUGGCGACAUUUGUCCAAAAGGUCACUACUGUGAGGAGGCAAGUCAAGCAGCAACUGAUUGCCCAGAGGGAACAUUCAGUGAUGCAUUUGGCAAUCAGAAUCUUACAAAUUGCUUGCCUUGUACUGCCGGACAGUACUGUUCAGGUACAGGAAGAGAUUUGCCGAAUGGUAACUGCAGUGUUGGUUGGUUCUGUCCAGCUGGUAGCAUACAGCCACAACCCACUGGUAACGAUUGUUUAGCAGGACAUGAAUGCCCAGAAGGAAGUCCGGAUGAAACACCAUGCGCUUCUGGAUACUACCAACCCAACACUGAACAAGGAUCAUGUUUGAUCUGUCCGGAGGGUAAAUAUUGUGACCAAAAUGAAGCUAUAUCCGAAGAACAGAGUGGAGUUGGUGAGGCAUCACAUGGUGUUGUUACACCAAAAGAUUGUCCAGCCGGAUUUUACUGCCCAGAAGGAACACAAACUGCCGUAGAGAACCCUUGUCCAAUCGGAACAUACAGUAACAGCACAGGACUUAAGAAUGUUACCCAGUGCAUACAGUGUGACCCAGGAUAUUACUGCGAAACGGCAAAUAUACUCGCACCAACUGGUCAGUGUUUUCCUGGCUUUUAUUGCCCUCUUGGAUCAAGUUCGCCAAAUGCCAGUGAGUGUGCCCAAGGUACAUACUGUGAAAUGGGAUCAUGGACACCUACAAACUGUCCAAAAGGAAUGUAUGGGUCAGCAUCUCAACUUACGUCUCUGUCUGAUUGUACAUUCUGUCCACCAGGCGAGUACUGCGACUCACCAGGAUUAACUGCUACAUCCGGAAACUGCCUACCAGGAUUCUACUGCAGCAAUGCAUCUGAAGAAGCAAGCCCAGUUGGAAGUGCUUACGGUGAUGAAUGUCCAGUUGGUCACUUUUGUCCAGAAGCAAGCCACCAACCGACUGCAUGUCCAGCUGGGACAUACCAACCAUUCACUCAGAGAACCAACAGCAGCGCAUGCUUAGACUGUGAUCCGGGUUCGUACUGUAAUGCUACAGGUCAAGCUGCUGUAACUGGAGAUUGUCUCGAAGGCUACUACUGCAUUCUGGCAUCCACAAAUAAUGCACCAACCGAUGGUGUUAUGGGAGAUAUUUGUCCAAUAGGCUCAUACUGUCCCACUGGCUCGACCACGCACAUAUUCUGUCCAAAUGGUACUUACAGCAACCAUACUGGAGCUUCCGUCUGCUAUGUCUGCCCUGAAGGAUUCUACUGCAUCAAUCGUGACAAUGCCGAACAAUGUCCAGUUGGAUAUUAUUGUCCAGAAGGCACCGGAGCUGAUAUUCAGCCGUGUCCUGCAGGAACAUAUAAUCCUGUGCUUGGUUUGAUCCGCCAGUCUCAGUGUACACAGUGUGAUGGUGGGAAAUAUUGUCAGUUACCGGGACUGUCAGAUGUGACCGGAAACUGUAGUGCUGGAUACUAUUGUGAGACAGUAUCAGCUACACGGCAACACCAUCCAGUGCUGUCACAAAUGAUUGAGAGUGUCCAGGGUUUUAUGUCCAGAGGCACUACACCCACAGUCAUUGAUUCACUUGGUCAAGCAUCAUGUCUGACCUGUCCAGCCGGAUACUACUGCACAGAGAACACAACUUCCUAUACCCUGUACCCAUGUCCAGCAGGCUACUAUUGUCCUAGCGGUACAACCCACUCUACACAGUUCCCAUGCACCAAGGGGUACUAUAACCCAGUGACUGGAAUGGACGAUAUUGCAGAUUGUCUGGACUGUCCUGCUGGAUCUUACUGUGAAUAUGAUGGUUUGUCGUUACCAAGUGGUAACUGUACUGGAGGUUGGUACUGUACUGGAUCCUCACACCAGACUAUGCCAGUUGACCAAGGGAACUCUACAGACCCGGCCAUGUGCUCAUGCCCAGCUGGUAACUACACAGGUGGUGAAUGUUGGCCAGGAACAUACUGCCCGCCAGGAACCAACUACCCUAUACAGUGUGAUGGCGGGUAUUACUGCAGUCAGUAUGGAUUAACUGCCCCUGAGGCUAUGUGUGAUGCAGGUUACUACUGUCUAGGAGGGGCAACCACACCAAAUGACACAUUAUGUACAGCUAACCAUUACUGUGAGCAAGGAUCUACUUCCCCCACCCCCUGUCCACCAGGCUCUUUCUCCUCCAAUACCGGAAAUAUUGACCUUGCCAACUGCGACCAGUGUACCCCUGGGUUUUACUGUUCCAGUACAGGUAUCACUGGACCUUGUGCCCCUGGAUUCUAUUGCCCAGCUGGUCAGAGUUCAGCCUCUCCAGCGAACUACACAUGUCCAGAAGGCCAUUACUGCCCAGGAGGGGAGGGGCUGCCAACAGCAUGUCCAGAUGGCAGUUACCAGGAUGCAACUGGACAAACCUCUUGUAAAGACUGUCCAGUUGGAACGUAUUGCAAUUCGGUAGAGGCUACUGCAGAUCUUGGCUCUGCCACUGGAACCAUAACACCAAAAGACUGUCCAACCGGAUUCUACUGUCUGGUCAACACCAGUUCCUCUGGAGACUACCCAUGCCCUGCUGGAACAUUCAACAAUGCUACCGGACUACAGACAGAAGCUGAAUGUCAGAAUUGUACCAGCGGAUCUUACUGUGGAAGCACAGGAUUGUCUGUUCCAACCGGUCCGUGCACAAUGGGCUAUGUCUGUUUGACUGGUUCCGACACUCCCACACCAACCAAUGGGAUAAAUGGAUAUAUUUGCCCUGCUGGUUCCUAUUGUCCUCAAGGCUCAGGUAUAGAGACACCCUGUCCAGCUGGGUCAUACUCCAACAGUACUGGACUACAGGCCGACACUGAUUGUACACCAUGUGAUGCUGGCUCUUUCUGCUCUUCAACAGGACUUACUGAACCAUCUGGCCCCUGUGACGCAGGUCAUUACUGCAAUAGUAGCGCUAUACUUCAAAAUCCAACUAGCGAAUCUUAUGGAGAUAUUUGUCCAGACGGCCAUUACUGUCCCCAGGGAACCGGAACUCCGGUGCCGUGUCCAGCCGGAACCUACCUGUCAACAACUGGUGCAAUGGUGGCCACUGACUGUACUAACUGCCCAGCUGGUCGUUAUUGUGGAUCUGCAGGACUUAGUAACUAUACAGGUGAUUGUGCUUCUGGUUACUACUGUACGGCCCAGGCUAACACAAGCACACCAACUGAUGGAGUUACAGGAGAUAUCUGUCCAGCAGGCCAUUACUGUCCAACUGGAAGUACGACACCAAUACCUUGUGAAGACGGAACAUAUAUGAAUGUCACUGGAGCUGAUGUUUGUGACGUCUGCUUGCCAAGAUACUAUUGUGUCAACCAAGAUCGUAUGGACGAAUGUCCAACAGGUGCAUUCUGUCCUGGCGCCAAUGGAUAUAACUACUCCCUGUGUCUGGCGGGAACCUUCAAUAAUGUGACGAUGUUGGAAUUGGAGUCAGAAUGUCAGCAGUGUAUCGGAGGCAGUUACUGUGCCACACCAGGUCUCCCUAUGCCAACUGGUGAAUGUGCCGAAGGAUAUUUCUGCGAAUUAGGUGUCGACACGAUUGCUCCGGAAAAUAACAACACUGGAACAGGAGGACCAUGUCCUAUAGGACACUACUGUCCAGUUGGUACAACAUCUCCCAUACCAUGUCCAGCUGGAAGAUACGGUGAUGAAAUGCGACUUGCUUUGUGCAAGUCCUGCCCAGCAGGAUACUAUUGUGUGGCAAGUUCAGACAACUACACAAGCACUCCAUGUCCUAAAGGAUCCUACUGCCCACUGGAAACCGAGUACAGUACUCAAUAUUUGUGUCCAGCUGGAACGUACAAUAAUGUCACAGGAGCAGACGACAUAUUUGACUGUCGCUCAUGCACAGCUGGGAAGUAUUGUGACUUGGAUGGUUUAGCAGAGCCUGUGGAUGAUUGCACUGCUGGUUGGUAUUGUGCUGGAGGAGCUUUCAGUUCCAAUCCUGUGGAGUAUAACUCCUCCGUUCCGAGUUUCACUGUAAACAUGUCAUGUCCAACCUACCUCACCAAUUUUACAGGAGGGCCUUGCCUUGCAGGAACAUACUGUCCAACGGGUUCCUCAGCACCUAUACCAUGCCCAGCUGGUCAAUAUUGUGGAACUGACAAUCUGGCAUGGCCGACUGGAAAUUGUACAGCUGGAUAUUACUGUAGUGGCAGUGACAAUAUACCAAACCCAACACCAUGCAGCGUAGGAUACUACUGUCCUGAGGGAACAUCCAUAGAAAUUGCUUGCUCACCUGGAACAUUUAACAAUGUAACUGGUGGCCAGAGUGAUGCAGACUGCCUAGAAUGCACAGCAGGCUACUACUGUCAGUCAUAUGGUUUAUCCAUGCCCACUGGCCUCUGUAGCAUUGGGUACUACUGCCCUGGGGGUCAGGACACACCCACACCAAGCUUGUAUGCCUGCAGUCCAGGACAUUUCUGUUAUGAAGGAAGUCACAACCAGACUGGUUGCCCAUCAGGAGACUACCAGCCACACUGGGGACAGGGAGACUGUGAUCCAUGUCCAGAAGGCUCAUACUGUAAAGCAUUUGGCGAUUACACAGACUUAGAUGCAGACAACAUAACGACCACUGGAAAUUACUCUGGUUUGUAUAGAAGUUACCGAGGUGUUGAGGUACCUACUGUUUGUCCGGAAGGUUCUUACUGUCCUCUAAACACAAAACAUGGCAUGGAGUACCUGUGUCCAGAAGGCACAUACAGUAACAUGACAGGACUGUGGCUGUCAACUCAGUGCACGCCAUGCGAGCCAGGAUCAUACUGUGCUGGAGAAGGCAACACUCAACCAUCUGGAUUAUGCGAUGCUGGAUACUUCUGUACAUUGGGAGCGUACAAUGCCACACCAACCGACGGUACAACUGGGGACAUUUGCCCAUUCGGUAAAUAUUGUAUCCAGGGAAGCAUUACAGGAACAGGUUGUCCAGUUGGAACAUUUAGCAAUGUUACCGGACUCAAAGCAGAUACUGAAUGUACCGACUGUACUGGAGGAUUUUAUUGUGGAAGUGUUGGACUUACAACUGAAUCUGGAACAUGCUGGGCAGGUCAUUACUGCUCUUUAGCUUCGGAGGUACCAAACCCUGUGGGACAGUCUUAUGGAGACUUGUGUACUGCAGGACAUUAUUGCCCCAAUGGCACAGCAACACCAUAUAAUUGCCCUGCCGGAACUUUCCUCAACACAACUGGUAUUGGAGAUAUUGCAGACUGCACACCUUGCUCACCAGGCUCUUACUGUGAGACACUGGGACUGGUUUCCCCCACUGGACUGUGUAAUGCUGGUUACUACUGUACCCUUGCUGCCAAUAACAGCUCGCCGACAGAUGGAACAACGGGAGAUAUUUGUCCAGAGGGUUACUACUGUGAGAUCGGUUCAGAUGACCCAACUCCAUGUGCAAAUGGAACAUAUAUGAAUACAACUGGAGCAUCUGCCUGCAUCACAUGUCCAGCAGGAUUUUUCUGUGUUAACAGAGAAAGAGCUGAUAUAUGUCCACAGGGUAAUUAUUGUCCUACUGGUACCGGGGCUGACGUGCAGCUUUGUGCAGCCGGUACAUUUGGAGCUACUACAGGAUUGUCUGCCCAGUCACAGUGUACCGAUUGUACAGGUGGGUCUUACUGUGCCACCCCUGGAAGCCCCGCUCCAGAUGGCCCUUGUUCAGCUGGACAUUACUGUACUGUUGGUGUAGACACUGCCACACCAGCCACAGGAGGAGGCCACACUGGCACCGGAGGAGAAUGUUCUGCCGGAACUUAUUGUCCAACCAAUUCUUCUAUGGAAACUCCCUGUCCUGCAGGAACCUAUGCGAUAAAUACAGGUCAAGCUGCUUGUGACCCCUGCCCAGGUGGAUACUAUUGUGUGUCAGGAACCACAGAUUAUAGUGCCUUUGCCUGUCAGUCAGGAUACUAUUGUCCUGAGGGUACAGAAUAUUUUGAUCAGUACCCGUGUCCAUCUGGAACAUAUAAUCCAGACAUGAAUUCCAACAAUGACUCAGCAUGUCUACUCUGUGAUCCUGGAAAAUACUGCUUGGGAGCUGCCCUUAGUAACACAGUUGGGGAUUGUGCUCCAGGAUAUUACUGCACAGGAGGGGCAGACAGUCCAAGACCCACUGCUGCUGGUAAUUACUCAUCUGUUGACCUAUGUGUGUGUACAGACCAGAAUUUUACCGGUGGGCGAUGCCAGCCAGGAAGUUACUGUCCACUUGCUUCAGGUGCUCCUCUAGACUGUACACCAGGACAGUACUGUGAAACAUACGAGCUCAGCACCCCAACAGGUGACUGUGAUGCCGGAUAUUACUGCCCUGGUGGUGAUACUGAGCCAAAUCCUGCCGCAACCAUCUGCACAGUGGGUCACUAUUGUCCACAGGGCUCUGCAUCCCCAACAGCAUGUCCAGCAGGAACAUACUCCAACUCUACACAGCUCACACAGGAAUCAGACUGUCAGAAUUGUACAGCAGGCUACUACUGUGUAUCACCAGGCCUGAUAGAGGUGACUGGACCAUGUUUGGCAGGAUACUAUUGCCCUGGAGGCCAGGCUGUACAGGACCCUGUGGAAUACCCAUGCCCCCAGGGAAUGUACUGCCCCACGGGUACAGCAGUACCAUUCAUGUGUGAAAACGGAACUUACCAAGAUCAGACAGGUCAAUCCUCAUGUAUAACCUGUCCUUCGAGAUAUUACUGCGACCCGUAUGAACUGUCGACAGGAACCAAUGACUCUGGAGUCAUUCAUCCCAUAUCGUGCCCCGUUGGUCAUUAUUGCCCGUUAGGAACAGGAGCAAAAAACAGCUUCCCGUGUCUGCCAGGAACCUAUAGCAAUGACAUAGAAUUGGAGGCUGACAAUGAAUGUUUUGAUUGUACCAACCAAUAUUAUUGCCAGUCAUAUGGUCUCACUGCCGUAGAGGGACUGUGUGCCCCAGGAUACUUCUGUAAUGCCAAAGCAUCCACCCCGACCCCAACAGAUGGUACCACUGGAAAUAUUUGUCCAGAAGGCCAGUAUUGUCCAGAGGGAACGUUUAUACCUACUGAUUGCCCGGCGGGAACUUACAGCAACUUGACAGGACUGGCAAAUGUCAGUGAAUGCAUCCCUUGUGACGCCGGUAAAUACUGCCCAUCAGAUGGCCUUAUUGAGCCUCAUGCAGACUGUUCGGCUGGAUAUUUCUGUGAACUUGGAUCUACUGAACCAACCCCAGUCGGACAGGUCUACGGGUACGAAUGUAUAAUAGGUCACUAUUGUGAACAAGGAACAAAGUCGCCGACACCAUGCCCCAAGGGAACCUAUAACCCUGAUAUAGGAAAGCAAGCUCUGUCAGAUUGUGUCGACUGCCCAGGUGGAUCUUACUGUCUUACGUCGGGAAGUAGCAAUAUCACUAACGACUGUGAUCCAGGCUAUUACUGCAUCGGAGCAGCUUUUGAAAGCAACCCAACGGAUAAUGUCACCGGAGAUAUUUGCCCCAUUGGGUACUACUGUCCACUUGGCUCUGCUACUUAUACAGUAUGUGCUCCGGGCACAUACACAAACACCACAGGACAAGCCUUGUGUCACACAUGCCCAGCAGGCUUCCAGUGCACAGGAGGCGACGUGGUUGAUCCAUGCCCGCAGGGACAGUACUGUCCAGAAGGAACAGGUGUUGUAACACAGCCAUGCCCAGCUGGUACAUAUGGAGCGACAACAGGUCUCGCUAACUACACAGAUUGCACCGACUGUACUUCGGGAUACUACUGCGAAACAACCGGUCUACUUGCCCCAACAGGAGUGUGUGAUCCUGGACAUUACUGUGUACAGGGUGUAGAUUUGAAGGUACCAGCUACAGGAAUAGGAAAUACAGGAACCGGCGAUGUGUGCCCGGCUGGCUUUGAGUGCCCAAGCAAUUCUGCCUUCUACAGUCCAUGUGUACCGGGUACCUACUCACCAGGAGAUGGAUAUUCUAGUUGUUUGGCUUGUCCACAGGGAUACUAUUGUGUAAAUGCUACGGUUAGUCCGGUUAUAUGCCCAACAGGACACUAUUGUCCAGAAGGGACAACAGCCGCCACGGAAUUCACAUGCCCGGCUGGAACUUACAACAAUGUGACUGGCUCCACCAAUGACACAGACUGUAUAGAUUGUCCCCCGGGUUAUUUCUGUGAGGGGACCGGCAAUGUUGUGCCUGAUGGACUCUGUGAGGAAGGAUUCUGGUGUGCUGGCGCCGCCUCUAGUGCCCGACCUUAUGACCCUGGUAAUGCAGUAUCUACUGGAGGAAAUGCUAGUGCUUUGUACUCCAAUGACACAUGUGCUCCAAUGUGGGAUUGUGUAUGCACGAAUUUCCUCCUGUCGACAGGAGGUAUCUGCCCCAUGGGCUACUACUGCCCAGAGGGAUCAUCCAAGCCCAUUGACUGUGACCCGGGAAAAUACUGCGAGACUCCUGGUCUACCUUUGCCCACAGGAAACUGUUCAGCAGGGCAUUACUGCACCAAUACAAGUACGACCCCACAGCAGAUACCAUGUCCGGUGGGUCAUUAUUGUCCGGAAGGUCAACAGCCGAUACAGUGUCCAGCGGGAACGUUUUCAAACAACGAGCAAAACCAACAGGAAUCAGACUGCGAUAAUUGCACAGCAGGAAGCUAUUGUAAUGGCACGGGAUUGACAGCUCCCAGCGGUCUGUGCGCCCCAGGUUAUUACUGUCCAGGAGGUCAGAGUUCAAUCACACCUUCUGGUCUCGAUUGCUGGGCCGGCCACUUUUGUGAAGAAGGAUCAAAUAUCCCGACUUUCUGCCCCAAUGGCACCUACCAGCCAAAUACCGGACAGUCUAGUUGUAUUAACUGCCCACCUGGCUUCUACUGUAACUUGGCGCUAGGAGAUAGUACAUACUGCAAUGGAGCUCCUGUCACUGAGCCCACUAACUGUACAAUGGGAUAUUACUGUGGCGGAGCCACUAGCGUGCCAACACCGUGUCCUGUCGGUACAUAUGGAGAUGCUCUUAACUAUAUUUAUGAUACGGACUGUCAGCCUUGUACCCCAGGAAUGUAUUGUGAAACUGAGGGGCUGAUAGCACCAACCGGAAAUUGUAGCGCUGGCUAUUAUUGUACUGGUGCUGCAGAAAUAGCGGCACCUAUAGAUCAUAAUGUUGACCAUUCAGAUAACACAUCAUACACUGGCAAUGACAUCUGUCCAUUGGGAUACUACUGUCCAGUCGGCUCGGACUACCCAGAUCCUUGCCCAAUAAGCACGUUCUCACGAAGCACUGGUGUUACAGUGGACAGCGACUGUCUGCCAUGUCUGCCAGGACACUACUGCAAUGUUCUUGCAAAUGUGAAAAACUCGACCAUGCCGAUCUGUGAUCCUGGGUACGUUUGUCUAGAAGGUAGUUCAACUCCAAACCCAACAGACAAUGUUACUGGGUACAUCUGUCCUCGAGGAUAUUUCUGUGAGGCAGGCACCAUUCAGGAAGAGGCAUGUCCACCAGGAACGUACCAGGCCAGUUUGGGUCAGGACAACUGCACUACAUGUCCGGCGGGAUUUAUGUGUCUGGAAAGCAACAUGACAAGCCCUGAUGUCUGCAUGACAGGCCAUUACUGUGUGCUUGGAGAUCCAAACCCCGUACCUUGCCCCGCAGGUACGUACAACAAUGCUACAGGUCAGGAUGAUGUCGGCGACUGUAUAGAUUGUACCAGAGGAAUGUACUGUGAGGGAACAGGAAACACCCUGCCUGAUGGUGACUGUGAAGCGGGAUAUUUCUGUGAAGGAGGAGCCAACACAAGUGCACCGAGUCCAUCUGCUGUGUACCCGCUGAAUGACGUCUGCCCCCCUGGAUACUACUGUCCAAAUGGUACCAAGAUGUGGGUUCAGUGUCCAAUAGGAACAUACAGAGCGUCUACAACUGGCCAGAGUGUAGAUGAUUGCCAACCAUGUACAGGAGGAUCUUACUGCAACAAUACUGGAUUAUCUGCCCCUUCAGGAAACUGUAGCCGCGGUUACUAUUGUCCGGACAAUGAGUCAAUCUCUACACCGACACCUACAGGUUUUGAAUGUCUGGUUGGCUACUAUUGUCCAGAGGGUUCAGCAGCGCCAGUACCAUGUGAUGCCGGUUACUUCUCAACUACCAUUGGAAGAUGGGAGUGUGAUCCUUGCCCAGCUGGAUACUACUGUACAAGUGGUGUUACAGCUAAUCAGAUCAUCUGUCCACCAUAUCAUUAUUGUCCUGAAGGAACAUUAGUACCACCAACUUGUCCCAACGGAACAUACACCUAUGACAACACAACUGGAUUGCAAGAGGAGUCUGAAUGUCUGCCAUGUGAAACAUCAUUCUACUGUCGCAGCGGUCAGUUGUCAGCACUUUGCACUGCUGGUUACUAUUGCAAGUCCGGAGCGGAGAGUGAUAUUCCAAGUACAACUGUGAAUUUUACAGCUUGCGCUGCAUACGGAGAGUGUGCCGGACUUUGCCCCGCUGGUUACUAUUGUGAAGAAGGAACUUUAACGCCAGCGCCAUGUCCCGAAACAACGUUCCGUAAUACAACAGGAGCGGAACAGGUUGGCGACUGCGACUUCUGUCCAGCAGGAUUUAUGUGUGAUAAUGGUACUUCAGAACCUAUGCCAUGUAUAGCAGGUCACUAUUGUCCACUAGGUACCGGACUCGAAGCAGUACCAUGUCCGGUAACAACAUAUCUUGAUACAACCGGAGCUGCGGUGGAAGCUGAUUGCAAACCUUGUGAGAAAGGAUAUAUAUGUAAUGAAACUGGUAUGACUGACUACUCUCUUUAUCCUUGCCCAUCCGGCUUUUACUGUAUCCGUGGUGAGGAGCCACACUUGUGCCCUGCUGGUCGCAUGAGAAAUGAAACGGGAGCCGGAGACCCUACAGAUUGUCCGUUAUGUAGGGCAGGAUACUAUUGUCCAAACGAUACCAUCAAUAAGCACGGAAUCCCAUGCCCUGAGCAAUAUUUUUGUGAAGAAGGAUCGGCACUUCCAACAGACUGUGAACCUGGCUAUUACUGCCCAGCUGUGACAGGGGUUGCUCCAAUAUGUCCACCAGGAUUUUAUUGUGCAGGACUGACCUUAAAUCCAGUGCAGUGUGUGAAACCUUACUAUUGUCCAGAAGGAAGCAACAUGACAUUGAUAUGUCCACUAGGUUACCAGGCAGUUGAUCAUGCUGGAAUUAGAUAUGACUCAACACUAUCCUGCAGAGUGUGCCCGGCAGGAACAUACGGGAAUUAUACAGAUAGAUCUCUGUGUGAAAGUUGUCCCUCAGGGUACUACUGUCCCGAAGGUACUGGCCAUGGAGAUUCAAACCCAUGCAGAGUAGGCUCAUAUUGUCCACAGGGAUCAUACCAGGAGACUUCCUGUCCUAGAGGCUCUUACGGCACACUCUCACUUGCAACAAAUGUGGCUGAAUGUACUUCAUGCCCAGCAGGAACGUUCAGCAACGAAUUGUUUGCCACAGAGUGUGAAUCUUGUGGCGGAAGUUCAACGAGUGAAGCAGGGGCAACAGAAUGUACCUGUAGAGGAAGGUAUAGAGAUUUCCAGGCAACCAUUAGGGCAUGUGUUUGUCAAUCAGGUUAUAUCUAUUAUGAUGAAACUGAUACCAUUCGCAACGAAGAAGAUAGCGCAGAAGAUUGCCAGCAAAUAGCAUACGCCAGAUGCAGCAGGCAUCAAGUACGACUUGCUUCGACAGGAGCAUGUGUGGACCCCAGUAGUUAUGACUGUAGUAAUUCUGCCGGCUGUUCUGGUUCAGGUUACUUCAGCCAAGAUUUUGGACAAUGUUUUUGUGAUAGUUACACGUCCGACUCCUUCAUCUGUGAUUUGACCUGCCAGACUACAACCCAGCCAACAAUGACAGCAGGUCUUCUUGCAAAUGGUACUUUCAGUGUUUCAAUUACUGACCCUGUAACCGGAACUACAUCAAGUAUGGUUUUACCAAAUAUGUUUGGUCCAGAUGAAGACUUUAUAGACAGUAGUGCACCAUUACUUGUUGUUUCAUUUUAUGGUGAAUCUGGAGUGACAGGAACUAUCUAUCCAGAUGCAGCCACUGCAGAGGACAUUGCAUUAACGGUUCAGGAACUUUCCGACAAAGCAGCAGCUGCCGGUAUUUCUGGUCGCCGUCGUCUUCUCUCAACACUUACAAUACCGGCUAAUGAAAUAACCAAUCCAGUCAUGUGUGUCGAAACAGGAGAAAUGGUGAUCUUCAAGCUACUUAUAAAUGAUACAGACAGAACCUUAAGUCAUUAUCCAGUUUACAACAAAAAUCAUUUAUUUAGCACAAACCCAACGUUUGAUUUUGGACCAUUCACGCUACUGAAAUACGAAAUCGAGAACACAAAUGCCAAUAUUUCAAGUUUCGCCUAUGUGUUCACAGAAGGUGGCAAUUAUGUUUUCUAUGAUGCACAGGAUGCAGCCUUGGAAAUCCUAAUUCGUGUAGAGCCGACAGGGGUAUCCUGUUCCUCAAGUUCGCGAGUAAAGCCGGCGACACCGUCCAAUUUGAUGGCUCUUGGAUUCUCCCAGCAGCAAAUUUCUAAUCAGGAACCGGACUGGAAACUUAUUAUAGGAAUGUUGGCCUUCUUUGGAAUACUGAUACUGCUGCUGAUAGUAGCAGUGAUCAUUUGGUUACCGAAGAACGCUGGAAUUUAUCCGAUGUUGCACUGGGCCCCGAAAUACCGAAGUCUAGGAGCACCAGCACCUGUACCAUAUUAUAUGAGAUACGAUCCCGACCAGUGGCCACAGAAACCACUAGAAACGGAUGUACGUGAAUCACUUGGAAUAAGGUCUGAGGGUGAUGGUGAAGGAGCUGACCUCAAAUCGGCACCUGCGUAUGAAACUGGAUCAGUGAAAGCGACAGAAGGACUUCUUGAAGAUUUCAAUGUUCGCGUGUUUUACGACAAGCUGGAGGAUCAGAACCUUCACUUGGCAGCGCAGCUGGCACGCCAGAAGGAGGAUAACCAGGUCUUCUACAACAAGAUGCUCGAGCAGGUCCAGGGACUUCGGGAACUCUUGCUCAAUAUGGAUCCUGAUAAAUUUGAGGAACUUGAAAGAAAAUUAGAGGAGCGGGAAAAACGACUGGCCAGAGAAGGUCUACAAGGUGCAGGAAUGGGUGCUGGUCCAACAAUCAUCAAUGCAAGUCUUGGAAUUGGUGACUCAAGCAAGCCCAAAUUUUCUGGUGCUGGUUCACCGUGUACACGUGAGGAAGAUUUGAUGCUUGCAUUACAACUGUUAUUGGACCGGUUGAAUUCCGGACAGAUACCGAUAAACAAAUCUGUGUUAGAACAGUUACAGAAGAGUGGUGGAGGCGGGAUGAUGACAGAAACCAGUACCACUAAUAUAACAGGAGGACGGGGUAAUAUGCAGGGUGUUGGCAAAGCAUUUGCCGAACUUCUGAGACGUCAGAACGGUGAACGACUGAGACUUGAACGUGAGCUCCUCAAGGAGGAAGAGGAUGCCCUGAGAGAUCUGGUGGAGGAUGAAGAUGGAAAACGCAAACAAAUGUCCAAUGAAAUGGCCGAUAAGCUUGUCAGUGAUAUACAAGGUGCAGCUAAUGCAGCCCAGAUAGCAGAAAUUAUACGGUCAUACAGCGAUCAACUUGGAAAAGCAAUGAAUAAGCAUGAUGCGAGUAAGGACCGACAGACGAGUGAUCUUCACCGUAAACUGGCCAUGAGACGCAAAGCAAGAGAAGAUGCUCUUCGUGAAAAGCAGACCAAAGAGGCUGAGGCCGCUGGUCUUCCGGCUCCGCAGGGAGGUGGAGAUAACUCUGAGGUGAAGCUGAAGAUGUCACAGAGCGUGCUGGACACGCUACAAUCCCAAGAGGCUGCAGGUACAGCUAAACUUGAGGUUGACCUUGAAGAUAACUUUGGAAACGAGGAGCGCAGGAAACUGUCAGACAGGAUGAAGGAACAAAUAGAUCGCAUGGCUGAACAAGGUGUGAUAACGGCAGAACUACGAGACAAACUGCUACAGCAGCACAAAGAUACCGAGGCCGCCCUCGAGCAGAAACACCAAAAUGGUAAACAACAACAACUUCAUAGCCUUGAGGAGAAAAUGGCAGCACUACGUAAACGUAGAUUUGAUAAACUGAAGGAUGAACAGGAGAAAUUCAAGAACGAUAGAACGGCAAAAUUGAUCCAAGAAGGCCGCAACGAUGAACUUGAAAGAGAGCUUGAAAUCCUCAAACAGUUGUUUGAACAGCAGAUGACAGCUGCCGAAGCAGAAAUGGACGCUGAAGAAAAUGAGCAUAAACAUAAAUUGACAAAGAACCUGAAUGAUGAACACACAGCAGGUAUUCGAGAAAAUCAGCGGCAGAUUUUGAAGGCGGCAAGUGACAAUUGUCCAGCUUCGGAACAGGUGGCGCUUCAGAGGUUGAUGGAUGAAUAUCGCAAGGAACAGGAGGGUCUGUCACAGGAAUUGAACCUGGAGAAACAGAGACUGCGUAAUGAUCUACAGGCUAAACUCCAGGCCAGACGAAGCCGCAGGAUGGCCGAGUCACUACGUAAGAUGGAGGAAAUUGAAGCACAGAGAAUUAUAGCCGACCAGAAGAAACAGAUGCAGCAGAAUGUAACCACGGACAACCAGGGUGGUGUUGCCAUGGAUACAGGGUUAUUGAUAGCUCCACAGGUCAGUGUGGGAGAAUCAAUGGAGGAAAGGGUUCUAAAGAAAUCACAGGAUCAGUUCAAAGACAGUCUACGCAAACAGCACAAAGAUUUCUUCGAUAAGACAGCUGGUAAACUCGAUAACGAGGCUCAUGAAGAGGAGAUAGCUCUGAAGAAACAGUUGGAUGAGGAACGGAACAAGAUACUGCGGGAGAAGAAGAAUAGACACCAAGCUGAGAUUGAGGCUCGACCAGAUCUCAGCCAGAAAGAAAUUGAUGCUAUGAUGUCACAGCAUGAGAAGGAAAUGGAGGAUCUCGCCGAGAAACUCGAGAUGGAGAGAGAUAGACAGUUAAGAGCACUCAGCGACUCGUUGUCCAAGAGGCGUAAUCGCAAACUUGAAGACCUUCAACGUCGUAAUGAUAUUGAAUUCACUCGUACAAUGUUGGAUCAUAAAAAAGAAGUAGAAGAACUUCAUCUUAAGAAAGCAAAGGAGGCGGAGCACAAGGCCAUCAAGGAGGGCAUCAAGGACAAUGGAGAUGAAGACAGCGAGAAAGUUAUCAAGGCUGUCCUUGCACAGAGACAUGCUCAGGAGUUAGCCGACCUGGAGACUCAGUAUGCAGCCCAGAAACGAAUGAUGGUGAAUGAAGCCCUUAGCAGACUGAAUGCCAAGUAUGAUCCUAUACGUACUGAAAUGUCUAAGCGACACAACAAGGAACUCUUUGACUUGCAGAAAGCAGGAUACAGCCCGGAGGAACUGCAAGAGAAACGUGCCGAGCUGAUGAAACAACACCAGCAGGAACUUGCUGAACUCGAUCGUAAACAAGCGAAUGAAAGAAGCAGCGUUGAACAGGGAGCACUGGCUGACUGGGAACUUGGAUUUGCUAAGGCAAAAUUGGCACUUAAAGAAAGACAUUACAAGGAGUUUGCAGAUGCAUUACGCGAGUUCACACCAAACAAAGAUGGUGCAACAGAUGCUGAGCAGUCGGCCUCGGAACUUGAAAACAUGAAGCAGACACUGGAACAACAGAGGAAGGAAGAAGAGGCAAAAAUGAGAAAAGAACAACAAGAGUUUGAGUCUGAGGAGCAGAAACACAUGGAAAAUCAGAUGGAAGCAUACGUACAACAGUUAGAACGUGAAACACAGGAAGAAAAGGAAAAGUUCGAGAAAACAUUUAAAGCGCUUGGCCAGAGAAGAGACGAUAUCAUUAAAACACAGAAAGAAAAAGCUAGGGCUGAGGUUGAGAAAUUAAAGAGUCAGGGAGCAAGCGAGGAUAAACAGAAAGAAUUACUUGAGCAACACGAACUUGACCUGCAGAGACUCGUCAACAGAAUUGAUUCCGACCGACUCCGUCAGCAGAAUGUGAUUCAGCAACGUAUCCAGGAAAAGAAAGAGGAGAAGUUGCGCAAGAAGCAGGCGGAAUUGAUAAACAACGCAGAGGAUAAUCGUCUGGAACUUGAACUCCGACAACAAAGUCAGAUACAGAGGAUGAAAGCUGACGAGGCACUUACUUUGAACGAAGCCAUGAAUAUAGAAUCGGCCCAGGCUCUUGCUCUUGGCCGACCAUCAUCACCUGUCUCAACAGCCCAGCAUUUCUCAGAAGAUGAAGAUAUGCAGACGGAACUUCCGUCAGCUUACAAAAUGGCCGCGCCCAUUAACGAGGCUGAACUUGUUGCAUUACUGAUGGCUUCACCGCUGUAUCAGAAACUAGAGAGUAUUAAGUCACAGAUUGAGAAAGGGGCUCACAAAGGUGAUCAGAAGGAUAAAAUCAGAAGUGAUGGGUUCCAUGACGCGAAGGAUUCUGAGUGGACCACGGACUCCAAACUUGAACCGAUGGACCUUAACAAGCUUGAUGCUCGGAAGUUCAUCGUGUACAAGUUUGGUUGCUUUAUUUCGGAACUGGUCUCAGCUCAUUGUCAGCACGCACCUGUUACGCUACUCAUAGCCGACAAAAUUCCACCAAAUGAGAGAUUACGCAAUAACCCAUACAGGAAUUCCUUCUUUUUCGAUGCCAAUAACAACAUACUGUAUGUACGUUCAGCAAGACUGGAAACUGUUGGAGAAUUUACAGUUGUUUUGGUUCACACUCUAGCCCAUAUCAAAUCAGGUGACUUGAGGAAUGACAGCAACCCCAAUUUCCAGAGGGAAUACCACCGAGCAAUGGCGGUUGUUUGCGACGAUUUGUUCUUUGCUCGUUUCCGUCGCAACACAGCAGGUUCAAUCAAGAAUGAGCCAAGUGUAGAUGGCGCUUUGAAACUUCUACAACAGAUGUUCGGCAACUGUCAUACAGAAGAUGAAAAAGUCAAGAUGGUGGAAGACCUCCUUGAUGUCAAAUUGUUGCCGGCAACCAAUGUCGAGGGCGUGCAUUUCAACCCUGAUAGGCUUAGAGAAAGGCUGAAUGAAUACUCAAGUUUCACGAUGACCAACAAGCUACACACGAUGCUGGGAAGCAUGGAAGAUAAGGUGCAUCAGGCAAAAUCUCAGGGCACAGCACACAAUGUGGACCGUUCACUCCUGCGUUUGAGUCAUAAAUUCUCACCAGGCAGUCAAACACCACUGAAUAGAAAGCUGCCAUUGAGAUUUGUAGCAUCCAACAUGACAGGCCAUGCUUUAUGGCAAACAUUUGCUAACCAUGCUGAACAAGGAGAUGCUGAUUUAGGCAGUAUACCAGACCCGAAAUCUGCUGAAGACAAAUAUGAUGACCUGUGUGCUGACUUUACUGAGGUCAACAAGUCUAUUCUUGAAGUAAAGGGCAAAAUCCAACAACUCACAGAGGAAGUAGCAACUCAGACUGACCUUGCUGAAAGUUCAAAGGGCAAGAAAGGUCAAGCUCAGAUGUCAUGGUCAGAUAUCAUGUCUGAAGCCAACGAGAAACUGGCCGAAUUGAAGGCACAGCUCACUAAAUUAGACAUGGAAAAGACACAGAUUAUGGACAAAAUGGGAGAAUGUGAAAAAUGAAAAAAAAACUGAAGGAGAAUGUGAAAAUUCAGUUGUAAAGAACAUUAUUUGUAAAACUUGUUGAAAUAUGAAAAUCCUAAAUAAAAUAUGAAUUGUGACUUUUGUAAUAAAUGUUAGAAAUUGUAAGAAAUGUGCAAAAAUGAUAAUGAAGAACAAAAUGUGAAGAACUGAAUCAAAUGUGAAAAUAUGACUUUUGUAUGAUCUGUGAUAGUAUCAAUGAAAUAGAGUAGAAAAGUAAAACAAAGGAAUUUUUUUCCACUUUUUUUUUCCACUUUGCUUUUUAUCGCAUGUUUUUAAGAUUUAGGCAUAUAUUAUUGUUAAAUAUAUAUUAAAAAAAUGUCUAAUGAUUUCAGUUCACAGAUGGGUUUCUUUUAUGAAUGUUAAGAGGUCAUCACAUUUCUUGGCAGACUUUAAAAUUCUCCUAAAAGACCAAAUUUUUCUCUUUCCAAAAGUAUUAACAGUAUAUAUGUAACUAUCUACGUCAAUGCAAGUCGCCAAGUAAAAAAGACCAUUUAGUUGAUUUUGGUUUUGUCAAAUUUUACAAACUUUCCCCGUCUAAGAAAAAAAAAAUCUAAUUACCGAGCCAGAUGUGAAAAAAAGUAAUUCCCCAAUAAAAUAUAAUCUUCAAGAUUAACCUGUUUAACGAGAGAUAAAUAGGAGAAGUGCCUGUUAAAGACAUUAUUAAUGUUGUGAACUGAUUUUAUCAUAUUUUACAUUUCUAAUGUUAAAUGUUAAAACUAUGCAAAUGAAUACUUAGCCAUUGUUACCAUUGGAUACACUCAUGUUUUGUUACUGCAAGCAGUGAAUACAGAACUGUUGUAUGAGGGCAAGAAAUACAACAGUUUUACAUCCACUUCAUGUUGUAUUGCAACGAUACAUUUACCUUUUUUCGGUUCAUGUCAUUAUUGUACAUUUAUAUCAUUGACCGAUGAUUCUCAGAACACUGGGAAGACAACCAUUAGUUUAUGUUUUAUCAUACAGUUUUCAUGAAUUUAUUCUUAUUUCUGUCCGCUUUCAUUAAUUACCUCUUCUGAUCACAGCAAUUUCAAUUUUCUUUCCGUCCGAUUUUUUUCUAUUCAUUCCGUCCAGUAAAGGUUAAUAGUAGUAGAGUAGUUCAUUUUUUCAAGCACAAGAUUUUUGUGUUAAUUAAAAAUAAAUCUGUGAUAUCAAAUUAAAAAUCAUGUUUAUUUACUGUAUUUAUGUUUACAUGUAUUGUUUAAUGUGCUGUGAGAGGUUUAAAAAGUUUGCUGGCUCAAACUCCUCUUUACGAUUUUUGUGUAUUUCCAUACAUACUUGCAUACGGUUUGUCUAUGUAUCAAAAAAUGUUGACAAUCAGUUAAGGAAGAGAACAAAAUCUAAAACAAUACUUUGUUGAACUCGCUCAGGAUAUUAGAUUUAUCAUAAAAAAAAGAAAAAGACAUUAAAAAAUUAUAGCAUUCAACGAUUUCUAUUUUCCUACCGAUAUGUUUUUCAUUAAUUAACAGUGAUACUGAAAAUUUGUAGUUCCUGUAUUUUUCUUUAAUUCCCAUCAUCUUUCUGAGCAGUCUGGGUGUGAUGUCUGUAAUACCGGUAACUAAAUAUGCAAUGUGAACUGCUGAAUUUUUAAAAUUUUGCUGAAUUUUUGAUACAUACGUUGCAGUUUCAAUUUGAAUAACAUGUACAUUUUUUAUGAUGUAGAUACUUAUUUUUGUAGAAAAAAAAAGUAUAUUUUUACAUUUUAUGUCAAAUUGUUUUGUUACACGUUAUAUAGUACUGUCUCUGAAUGUGAUCUUGAAGAAGCAUUUAAUUAUAGAACUGAUGCAUUUAUUGUCAACUUUGAUUUAAAGUAUGAGAAAAAAUGGUUCUUGACAAUGGUGUUCACUAUACUACAACACUAUACUACAACAGAAUAGGAUAUAUGUAAUAAAUACAGUAAAAAAGAAGUUAUGUAUGUAAAUGUGAUUAUUUGUAGUUUACUACUUGUCUAUUUUCUUGCUCAUUAAACUUGUUAAAUUCUU